CUCAGUAGUGAGCGUAACAGCAAAAACCCGAAGAAGCGUGCAGUCCAAGCGAAAGAGUCGCCUGAACCCGCACCCACACUUUGCCGGCCAACACAGAUUCGAUUACUCUUUAUCUCUAACCCCUAAACCUAAAUAUCCCUUCUUUCUCUCAUUAAUACUACCCCCCAGGCCCCAUCCCUCCCAUACUAUGCCCAUUUCUACGCCUCUACGCUUAGGAUUCACAGGUUGCUUCUAUAGGAAAAAGAUCAAAAUUUGAGGAUUCCUUUUCGGCCUAGGGUUUAAUUUAUUGUCCGGGAACUUGGUACUUUUAAGCCUGAGUUUGAAGGUGUGGUUGAAUGAAUGGGCGGCGAUGAGGAAGUCUUUUAAAGAUUCACUCAAAGCGCUGGAAGCUGAUAUUCAACAUGCCAAUACUUUGGCUUCUGAUUAUCCAAGAGCAUAUGGAGGUGCUUGCCUUCAAAUGAGGCUGUCAUAUAGUCCCUGUGCACAUAUCUUUAUGUUUCUUGUUCAGUGGGCAGAUUGCAAUCUCGCUGGUGCUCUGGGAUUGCUCAGGAUCCUUAUAUACAAGGCUUAUGAAAAUGGCAAGACAAGUAUGUAUGUUCAUGAAAGAAAAGCCAGCAUAAGAGAGUUUUAUGGGGUGAUAUUCCCUUCUCUCUUGACACUUCAGAGGGGAAUUACUGAUGUGGAAGAGCGGAAACAAAGAGAGAUAUGUGAGAAUAGAUACAGCAAGAGAGAUGAGACGAACAAGGGAAAAUUUUCCGAAAUCGAAUUGGAGAGGGAGGAGGAAUGUGGGAUUUGCUUGGAGUUGGAGUCCAAGGUUGUUUUGCCUGACUGCAGCCAUGCUUUAUGCAUGAAGUGUUAUAGAGACUGGCGUACUCGGUCGCAGUCAUGCCCUUUCUGCCGAGAUAGUCUGAAAAGAGUGAAUUCUGGGGACCUUUGGAUCUGCACCAACACCUGCGAAGUCAGAGAUUUGUGCGCCAUAUCAUCGGACAACUUGAAGAGGUUUCUGUUAUACAUUGAAAAGUUGCCUCUCCUGCUCCCAAAUUCAACAUUUGUGUCCUACAAUCCCCAUUAUCGGUGAAUUAAUGCGGAUGGAUGGUCUUUAUUAGUUUAUAAAAAUACAUCAGAGAGAACGAUGAUUCUUUAGUUUUUUUUUCAUUAAUUAUGUUCUUGCUUGAUUCUUCGUUUCAUCGAAGUUGUUAGCCGAUAAGAUGUGUGGGGUGGUUGCCACUUGCCGGUGAAGAUUCAGAAAUCAGCAGAAGGUGUAAGCAUUGUAGGGACUACGGAGUAUUUAUUUAUCUGUUUUAGUUAUUAGAUAUAGGAGCUGAGGGAGUAAGGUAUGGUAGAAACAGUCCAAACAGAUUUCUACGGACUACUUUUUGAUACUCCGUAUCACAUUUGAAGAUGCCAUUCGCAGGUUGAGGAUAAGAGCAUCUCCAUUUAUAGUCAGAGUAACUUCAUUAGUAUUAAA